AUGUGGAUAAAGAGUCCUUUCAACAUUACUGUUGUUUUCCUGCUGAUUCUCAUCAAUGGAAUAUCAGCUAUUUGGUUCAAUCAACCAAAAUUCUGUCCAACAAUAAAAUGGAAUCCGGUUGCAACGACUUUUUUUCGUCAAGACGUGACAUACACAGAUUAUGGUCUUAUUCUAUUUAUUGAUACGAAUAAUACAAUUUAUAUCUCGGACACCGAAGACUAUAAAAUUCUCGUUUGGCAUAAGGGUAUUGGUGAUCCCACGAUAAUUCCUGUAAAAGAUGGGUGCAUAUUUCAGUCUACGUAUGUCUCCAAAAUUCAUGAAAUUUAUAUCCCUUGUGAAAAUAAGAAACUCAUUAAAUGGGUACCAAAUGAAAGGAUUUUCGUUGACAUCAUGGACUUUGACAAAGUAUGUGAUCAGCUUUUCAUCGAUGUUGAGAAUUAUUUAUAUUGCUCAAUUGCUUCUGGCACUGUAAUUGAGAAAAUAUGGGUGGAUAACACAAGCGAGACGGUGGUUGUGGCUGGCACAGGGAAUCCUGGCUCAGCACCAAAUGAACUCAGUGGCGCUAGUGACAUCUUCGUUGACACAAAUUUGGAUCUCUAUGUGGCUGACACCCAGAAUCAUCGCGUUCAACUUUUUCUCUUUCGCGAAACAAAUGGAACAACAGUUGCAGGACGAACUUCAUCAGAUAUUACAAUUACGCUCUCUUAUCCAUUGUCAAUCUUACUAGAUGCUGACAAAUAUCUCUUUAUUUCCGACAGUGAAAGUCAUCGUGUUGUUGCCUCGGGACCAACCGGUUUUCGUUGUCUGGUUGGAUGCGAUGGCGAAGGUUCACAAUCUCAUCGGCUAAACUGGCCAGACAAACUUAGCUUUGACGUUUAUGGAAAUCUCUUUGUUAACGAUCGUCUCAAUUACCGUGUUCAGAAAUUUCAUCUGCAUCAAGAUUCUUGUGAAAAUGUGCCACCAACGGCUCAAGCGACAUAUUCAGCAAUCUUAACCGACAAUCAUCCACUGUUUUCACGCACUAUAUUGCAUCCCUCAGAUUAUCACUACGAAACCAUCGAAGUAAUUGUCGUCAGUAAGAGUGACUUUUACAUUCUCACUGCGAACAGCACAGUCGAUCUUUAUGGUCAUCUCUACAAACAUCAUUUCGAUCCAUCGAAUCCGACAAGUGAUCUGAUUGCAUGGUAUGGAAAAUGUUGCAACAAAGAGCAGUUCAAGUUCACUCUUGAACUGUUUGUCAACAUCAGAUACAUUCUGGUUGUCACAACAUACAAUCCAAAUGUAACAGGCUCAUUCUCAGUCACCGUCUUUGGUUCAAACCCAAUUUGUCUGAAACCACCAAAUGCUGACCAACUGGUCGAAUCAAACUACAGAUACUACUAUGAAGCAUUGCAAAUAAGUGUGAACGAGAGUGGUUUCUAUACUAUUCUCAGUAGCAUCGAUAAUACGUACAUGGAUACGUCGUUUUACAUUUAUAAACAUGAGUUCUAUGCACUUAUUCCAUUUGCAAAUUUAAUACGUAUGAAAAACGAUGCUUGCAAUAAAUACGAUUCAUCUGAAAAUACAAAUACCAUUGAACUUCAAAUCAACAUUCGAUACAUAUUAGUUGUGACAACAUGUUCGUCCAACAGAGUGGGAAACUUCUUGAUUAGAGUAUCUGGCAGAAACCGUGUUAGUUUCGAACGAACAAAUGCUUUGGCAAGUGUCCAUUCGAACUAUUCAUCGGAACUAACAAAAGAUAGUCCAAAGUAUGAUAAAUAUUGUAAUGGCCAAGAUUUUUACUAUGAAUCUAUACAAUUAACUGUACUCACUAGUGGAAACUAUAGUCUUGUUAUGAGUCAAGUUUCGAAUGGACCUUUUGUUAUACACAUAUAUAUGUAUAAAAACCAUUUCGAUCCAUUAAAUCCGCGCGAAAAUUCAAUGUCAAUCGAUGACUAUGCUUGUAAUAAAAAAUCUGAGAAAGAAUUCACAUUCACAGCUGAUCUUCGCCAUGAUGACACAUAUAUGCUAGUUGUGACGAAUACUUAUAAUCGAGCGUAUACACCGCGAUUCUCAAUCACUGUUUAUGGUCCAUCAAAUGUUACUCUUCAGCGCAUCGUUGAUGAUAACUCUACUCGCUGUUAUGUUGGUGGUCCGUGCAAUACUCAAGUGAAAAGUAUUGGUCUGACUCUCGAUGACAUUCUUCGACUGGAAAUCAAGCCAAACAUGACAAUACAUAAUCAACCAUUGUCCAUCAAAAUCAGUGCUGCAUUAUCGGUAAUUAUGUUUGUCGCGGGUGUCAUCAACAGUCUCUGUUCAUUCUUAACUUUUCAAAAUCCAAAUGCACGAACAGUCGGAUGUGGCCUGUAUCUUCUCGCGUCCUCAGUCACUUCUCUCCUCACAAUCACAAUGUUCGGAAUCAAAUUUUGGUUUGUUGUGGUCAUACAAAUGGAUAUAUCUGUUCCUCAAUCUGUCCUCCAAGGUGGUUGUAAGUUGAUUGAGACUCUUCUUAAACUCUUCUGCUACUGGGAUGCUUGGCUCAAUGCGUGUGUAGCAGUGGAACGUGCAGUGAGCGCUUACAAAAAAGUGAGUUUUGACAAAGAGAAAAGUAAACGCUUAGCUCGAUGGAUCAUCUUCAUUUUACCAAUUGUGAUCAUGGGAACGAUCAUCCAUGAGCCACUACACCGUCACAUUGUCGAAUAUAAAAGACAGGAACGUAGGGAGAUUGACGGAGCGAUUUAUACUGAAAAAGACGUCGUGAUAGAUACGGUUUUCUGGUGUAUAACUACCUAUCCACAAUCACUUCAAGAUUACAAUACAGCCAUUCUCUUCAUUCACCUUCUUGGUCCGUUCAGCAUAAAUCUUUUGUCUUCAUUGUUCAUCAUCAUUGGAAGUGCUCGACGACGAGCAGAAGCUCAGCUGCAACAAACAUAUAAACAGCAUCUUCGUGAACAAUGGAGCGAACACAAACAACUUGUCGUCAGUCCCAUCCUUUUAGUUAUUCUCUCAACACCACGUUUGGUCAUUUCAUUGCUAUCUGGCUGUAUAGGUGUGUCUCAUUAUACAUGGUUAUAUCUUUGUGGUUAUUUCAUUUCAUUCACACCUUCAAUACUUGUCUUUGUUGUGUUUGUCCUUCCUUCGAGUUCUUAUCGAAAAACUUUCAAGAAAUCGUUUUUUCGACUUUGUAAAAGGCGGCGAUCAUAG